UUUUCGUCCCGCGGGCUUUGCUCAGACGGGGCGCCGCCGAGGCGUCGCGUGUGAGAGAGGCUGCCUAGCGCCUCUCUUCCCCUGUGGGGCUGCCGCGCGCGUCGGGGCGACGGGCGAAAGAAACUCGACGGCAAACGGGCUCCGGUGGAAAGUCCAGGGGCCGCGUCGCAGGGGCUGCCGGUGGAGCGUGGGGCGAGGCGUUGCUUUUAACCUGGCCCUCGCGCUGCGAGAUGCCGCGCUAUAGAGAGCGUGUCCCUUGCGAGAUGGAAGCGAGCCGUCCGGUGGUCAAAACACAGAUCCCUCGGAGACUACUGUGCUCCGGACUAGCGGCCUGAAAGACACUAGCCAAGCAAAAACAGCAGAGGCAUCUCCUCGCCUGGAUUACUCGCGGUAGACGCACGGUACGCGUCAACUGGAGCUUGUGGUUGCCUCCCAGUAGCCGUGACCAGCGAGCUUGCACGAGAGCGUGCGCGCAACCGCGCCUGAGCAAUAAAUACCCUGCUGCCUUAGAAACAGCAGACCAGCCAAAAGACCGCCGCCGCGCGCCAUCGACGCGCAGCAGUCCCACGAACCAUGGGCGCCGAGGCCUCGAGCUGCUUCGCCUGCUUCGAGGGCGACCACGGUCCUUAUGCGGACAGCCACCGCUACACGUGCUUCGAGGACUUGCAACUAGACAAGGAAUUAGGGCAUGGUGCUUUCUCGACGGUACGACUCGGCAUCAACCGCAAGAACAAGGACAAAUUUGCGGUCAAAGUCGUCCAUAAGUCCAAGUUGUCGAAGCAAGACAUCGACGCCCUCCACGUCGAGGUCGGUAUUCUCUCGAAGCUGAGGCACCCGCACGUCGUCAAGUACUUUGACUUUACGCAGGAUCGUUCUCAUUAUUAUAUCGUGUUGGAAGUGGUCGCGGGUGGCGAAUUAUUUGACAGAAUAGUACAGCGCGUCUACUAUUCCGAGAAAGAGGCUCGGGAUUUAGUCUGGGUCCUGCUAGACGUCUUGCACCACAUCCACGGCAAGAAAAUAGCCCACCGCGACUUAAAACCGGAGAACUUACUCCUCAAGAGCACCCAUAACGACCACGACAUCAAGUUAGCGGAUUUUGGCUUCGCGACCGAAUGUAAAAAACCCCUCAGGGAUCUCUGUGGUACCCCUGCUUAUGUCGCUCCGGAGAUCAUAAGAGAAAAACCUUAUGGGCUCGAGGUGGACAUGUGGUCCUGCGGCGUCAUCGUGUUCAUACUGUUGGGAGGUUAUCCGCCCUUCGACGACGCGAACGGCGUGUCGGACAUGUACGCCCAGAUUAAGAGAGGCGCGUUUACCUUCGACGAGAGGUACUGGUCCUCCGUCAGUUCGGAGGCCCAACUGUUCAUCAAGUCUUUAUUACAAGUGGACCCUUCCAAAAGACCUUCCGCAGCCGCGGCCAUGAACCACGACUGGUUCACGAAGCACGCGACCGAGCUGUCUACUACGGACCUGUCGAAGACGAUCGACAACAUGAAGAAGUGGAACGCCCGUAGGAAGUUGAAAGGAGGCAUCAAGGCCGUCAUGGCCUCGAACCGCGUCGCGGCGGCGGCGCGCGGCGGGCAGUAGUAGUGGGGUAGGAUUUCCCUAAAUCUAAGGAUAAUUAA